GUGGCCAUCUUUGUUGUGCAGGAUACUGGAACAUCAUUGUGUAUGGCAGGAAACAUUCCUACCGCCUCUACACCAAAAUGCUGAAUGAGGCCAUGAGAUGGACGGCUGCCAUACAAGGCGUCAUUGACAGCAAGACACCCAUCGAGACACCGACUCUGCAGCUCAUCAGAGACAUCAAGGAGAACAGCGUGAAUCCAGAAAUAGUGGAGCAAAUGUACAGGAGAAACCCCAUCCUCAGAUACACGCAGCAUCCUCUACACUCGCCGCUACUGCCGCUACCGUAUGGCGAAGUCACCAGCCUGCAAAGGCAGCAGGGCUAUGCUAGCCUGCAGGACGAGGCGGUGCGGGUUUUCAACUCGCUGCAGGAGAUGGAGACACUGGCCGACACGGUGCCCAUCAUCCAGGGCAUCCUGCAGACCUGCCAGGACCUGCGUCCUCUCAGGGAUGAGGUCGGUACCUCUGACUCAGGCUCAACAACCCAGACCAGCCAAGCCAACCUCGACCAACCUGACUGAUUGGUGUACCCAAUCAAUCAAAC